AUGCUUCGCUACGCUGGGUGGCGACUCGCUGCUGCAUCCGGCGCCUUUUCCUCGGCGGCGUUCACCGGCGAUGACGGCGGGGCCUAUGAGCGCGCCGAGGCAGAGCGCGCACGCUUGCAACAGGAAAACAAAAGCGCCUUUUCCUCCGGAUUUGCUGGGGUGAAUACGAAUCCCUUUACCGUCGAUCAUUCCUACGAUCAACUGAAACGGCCUACCGCUGAUACGUACCGUUCCAUGUCUGAUGACGAACUAAUUGCUCUUUUGCGUACUCGCGAGAAGCAGGUUCACCAAUUGCGCUCGAUCUACGAAAACUUCCAUUAUGAGGCAGACAAACACUUUCGAAAAAUGGUUUUUGACUACCAUGACAAGACGCUCCAACUCAGUCAGGUGCAUGGCAAGAUGCAGGAGGUAUCCUACCAGAUUAGUCGCGAGGUUCUCAAACAGCUGCGGGAGGAGCAGGAAAAGCUCUCCCGCGAUAUUCGCAUGGCGCUUAUCCUUUCCACGGUGAUCACGCUAGUGUUUUGGGUUUGGGUUCGCCGGCACUACGUCGCGCUAAAAGAGCUGGAGGAGGAUCCCGACGCGAUCCGGCGGGCAACCAUGGCGCCCCCUAUUACCGGUAUUGGGGCCUACUCAGGGAAUUGGUUUAGCAGCUCCAAGCGGAGCGCGCGGAGCUGGGAGACGUCCUGGGAAAAGGAGGUCCGGGAAUCGCGCGAGAAGGCACAACAGAAGCUUUUGGAACAGAAGGUGGAGCCCUAA